AUGCUAUUUUACAUCUCUAUCUUGUGGGCCUCGGCUUCCUCCAAGCCAUCCAUUGCACCCGCACUGGUUCUCCACAAUUCUCCACAAUUCUCAAAUCUAGUGAUACUAACCAUGGACUUAUCAUUGAGUGGUUCCGGCUUCGGCAUGCCCAGGAAAUGGGUUGAGGAAAACUACCAGCUUGCAUUGAAGUUAUUUAUGAGCAAAAGUUUCGAAAGAUCUUUCGAUAUCACGAAAAAAUUGUACAAAGCCAGCUUCCACCAAUUGUCAAAUGACACUAUUCCCCAAGCAUUAUUCAUCAAAAUCAUCAACUUGUACCUCACAGAGGUCGGUCUCUUCAUAGACAAAGCUAAUAAUGGUCACCACUAUAAAUUGACCAGGCGAGAGAGGGAGGAAAUUGCUAGUGAGCUCAGAAACGAUAAACUACUCGAUGAGCUUCUUGUAUUUUACGGUGAUGAUAUCAACCUGAUUCCUUCAGCGAUAUUGUUCAACUUGCUUUUGGUCUACUAUAUUAAUAGCGAUGUGAUUUUCGAGAACAAAAGUGAUCUUCUUUCCAAAUUCUCUCGGAUCUAUGCAUUGAUAGAGAUCGAAGAAGACCCCUAUAUAAGGAGACUUUCCGACUUGUACAUUUUCCGAAUCCUCCCAGACUUUAGCAAGGAAACCGAAGCUGAAAAUUUAAUCCGGCAAUCGAAGUUGUACAAAUCUUCACUUGAUAAUUCGCUAAAGAAAUUAUCGUCUGCGAUUGAGCAAAGAGAAACGAAAAGAAAAGCCGCCGAACAGGAGGUGAAGGCUAGCCAGUUGAGAGCCAAGGAAGAACAGCAAAAGAGAGUCAAAGCAGAAAAAGAGCAAAGAAAAAAACAAGAUCUUCAGUACCAAACGUUGAAUCUGCUCAAACAAAAGGCAGCUUCCGAAUCUAUGGCGCCGGCUCUGUCCGGAAGAAACACACCACAAGCACGGGACAUCGAAUCCUUAAAGCAACGUGCUUUGUACCUCUAUGGAAUAUCUAAAGACUAUAUUGCCAAGAGCUCGCCCUUCAUACUUCUUGCCAUUAUAGUUGUGUUUUUAGCAUCUCGUAUGGUCAACCUUCGCCGGUUAAACUUGAAAGAAGCUAUACAAGAGACGGUACGCAUGGCCUUCCAGGUGAAGUACCUUUAA